UCCGGUCUCAUCUUUGUCUCGGUCUCUCUUUCUCUCGUGUGGUGUGUGGGCAAAGGAGAGCGAUUGAGAAGACAAAAAGAAAAAAAAAAAGAUAAUACAAAAAAAAAAAAGAAAUCAAAUCAAUUUUUGAGAAAUCGAAGGAGGGAGGGAUACACACAUCAACAUACGAGAGUUCCCGCCAUGGUGGCUCAGCAGCUAGGAGAGAGCAGCAGCGUCGUCGUCGUCGAAUCUCGGGAAGAGCCUGUUGAGACGACCAAGUCUCUGAUCUGUGCUCUCAAUUACAUCUCUCGCGACCUUCCUUUGCCUCCUCACCUCUUCGCCGCCGUCUCUUCUAUCUACCAUGGCUCCUCCUCCUCCUCUUCGUCUUCUCUCCCUCCCUCCGUCGUGCCUCCGCCGCCGGGGAAUGAUUUUACUCCUUAUGGAGGUGAUUUGAUGGGAGAGUUUGAGGAUGCACUUUUGAAGCAGAGAACGAACAUUGAAUCAGGCUCUCGAUUGACAGAAUUGCAGGAUAAUCGGAACAAGACUCUUAUUCAGCGCCGCUUAUCCGAGCUUGAAGAAUUACCUUCCACCAGAGGUGAAGACUUGCAAGGGAAGUGCUUACUCGAGCUUUAUGGGCUAAAGCUACGAGAGUUGCAAAGCAAGGUUCGAACAGAGGUGAGCUCGGAGUUCUGGCUACGUAUGAACUGUGCUGAUGUCAGUAGCCAAUUGUUUGACUGGGGUAUGAUGCGGUUGCCUCGUCUUUGGUAUGGUAUUGGAGAUCCUUUUGCUACGGAAGCUGAUGAUCAGUUCAGAAAGAAACGUGAUGCCGAGAGGGUGUCACGUUUGGAAGAAGAGGAGAAGAAUCUGAUUGAAACCGCCAAGAGGAAGUUCUUCGCAGAAGUGCUCAAUGCAGUUCGUGAGUUCCAGUUGCAAAUCCAGGCGACUCAAAAACGCCGCAGGCAAAGAAACGAUGGUGUGCAGGCAUGGCAUGGGAGACAAAGACAACGUGCAACCCGCGCUGAAAAGCUGAGGCUAAUGGCCCUUAAAUCCGAUGACCAAGAAGCAUACAUGAAACUAGUAAAGGAGAGCAAAAACGAAAGGCUCACCACUCUUCUAGAAGAGACUAACAAACUCCUUACUAAUUUGGGAGCUGCUGUUCAGCGGCAGAAAGAUGCUAAACUACCAGACGGCAUUGAUCCACUGAAAGACUCGGAAUCUGAUUUAUCUGAACUCGAUGCUCCGAAAGGCGAACCGUUACAGGAUUUGCUUCCUGAUCAGGAUAUUGACGUCACUGAAUCUGAUAAUAAUGAUGAUUCCAAUGAUUUACUUGAAGGCCAGAGGCAGUAUAACUCUGCUAUCCAUUCAAUUCAAGAGAAGGUGACGGAGCAGCCUUCACUUCUAAAAGGUGGGGAACUAAGAUCUUACCAAAUAGAAGGACUCCAGUGGAUGGUUUCUCUAUUCAACAACAACCUUAAUGGGAUUUUAGCUGAUGAGAUGGGUUUGGGGAAAACCAUCCAAACAAUCUCGUUGAUUGCUUAUCUUCUGGAGAAUAAAGGUGUGCCUGGUCCUUAUCUGAUAGUGGCUCCAAAAGCUGUGCUACCAAACUGGGUAAACGAGUUUGCUUUAUGGGUACCAAGCAUUGCAGCUUAUCUUUAUGAUGGACGUUUGGAGGAAAGAAAGGCAAUCAGGGAGAAAAUUGCAGGAGAAGGGAAGUUCAACGUGUUGAUAACCCACUAUGAUCUCAUCAUGAGAGAUAAAGCAUUUUUGAAGAAAAUUGAUUGGCACUACAUGAUUGUUGAUGAAGGACAUCGUCUGAAGAACCAUGAAUCUGCUCUUGCAAAGACUCUACUAACAGGCUAUCGGAUAAAACGCAGACUCCUGUUAACGGGAACACCCAUACAGAACAGCCUUCAAGAACUAUGGUCACUACUCAAUUUUCUCCUUCCUCACAUCUUUAACUCGGUUCAGAACUUUGAGGAAUGGUUUAAUGCUCCGUUUGCUGAUCGUGCUAACGUUAGUCUUACUGAUGAAGAGGAGCUGUUGGUUAUCCACCGUCUGCAUCAUGUUAUAAGACCGUUUAUACUGAGAAGGAAAAAGGACGAAGUAGAGAAGUUCCUUCCUGGAAAGACACAGGUGAUACUGAAGUGUGACAUGUCAGCAUGGCAGAAAGUGUAUUACAAACAAGUUACGGACAUGGGCAGAGUUGGCCUUCAAACAGGAUCCGGGAAGUCAAAGAGUCUGCAAAAUCUAACGAUGCAACUGAGAAAGUGUUGUAACCAUCCGUACCUAUUCGUUGGAGGAGAGUACAACAUGUGGAAGAAGCCUGAGAUUGUGAGAGCUUCAGGGAAGUUCGAGCUCCUCGACCGUCUCCUUCCGAAGCUGCGCAAGGCCGGGCAUAGAAUCCUGCUCUUCUCUCAGAUGACUCGUCUCAUUGACAUCCUCGAGAUUUAUCUGACGCUUAACGAUUUCAAGUACCUAAGACUUGACGGUACCACAAAGACGGAUCAAAGAGGGCUUUUGCUGAAGCAGUUCAACGAGCCGGACUCUCCUUACUUCAUGUUUCUUCUGAGCACGCGCGCUGGAGGUCUCGGUCUGAACUUGCAGACUGCAGACACUGUUAUUAUCUUUGACAGUGAUUGGAACCCACAGAUGGACCAACAGGCUGAGGAUAGAGCUCAUAGGAUAGGGCAGAAGAAGGAAGUGAGAGUGUUUGUUUUGGUUAGCGUUGGCUCCGUUGAAGAAGUGAUAUUGGAGCGUGCAAAGCAGAAGAUGGGGAUUGAUGCUAAAGUCAUACAAGCUGGUCUUUUCAACACAACUUCCACAGCACAAGACAGAAGAGAGAUGCUUGAAGAGCUCAUGCGCAAAGGAACAAGCUCACUAGGGAACGAUGUCCCCAGUGAGAGGGAAAUAAACCGGCUCGCGGCUCGUAGUGAGGACGAGUUUUGGAUGUUUGAGAGAAUGGACGAGGAGAGGAGAAUGAAGGAGAGUUACAGAACACGUCUGAUGCAAGAGCAGGAAGUCCCUGAGUGGGCAUACACCACACAGAGCCAAGAUGACAAGUCUAACAACGCAAAGUACCAUUUUGGGAGUGUCACAGGCAAGCGAAAGCGUAAAGAGAUCGUUUAUAGCGACUCAUUGAGCGAGGUGCAGUGGAUGAAAGCUGUGGAGAGCGGUGAAGACGUGUCAGCAUACUCUCUUAAACAGAGGAGAGCGGAGAAGGCAAGCAAGGCAAAAACAUCAACGAGUAAAAGAGUGGUAGAACCUAUCCAAGUGGUGAGUGAUGAGACGAGCGAGGAGGAAGAGGAGGAAGGAAGAGGAGGACAGGAGAUGAGUGGGAAACAGAGAGUAGAGAAGUCUGAAGAAGAAGAAGAAGAAGAUGGUGAAGAAGAGAAUGAUGAAAAGCCAAUAUUCAAGUGGAGUUCUCAUAAGAAGAAAAGGUCGAGGUACUCUUUUACGUGUUCUUCGUCUGAUUCUAGAGCUCAAAGUUCCAAUGGAAGUAGAAGAAACUGAGAAAGAUUUGAGGUGAGAUCUGAGUUGAGUUUGGUCUCUUCUUCUACCUGUAUGUUUGUGUGUUUUAGAAGUCUUUUAGAGAAGUAUUUUCUUCUUGCCAAUGCAACUUGAACUUUAUGCCAUUCUAACAUGUAAUGCAUUUAUUUUUAGAUGGUCUCGGGUUAAGUUUA